AUGUCCAACUCGACAUCAUCCUCCAAUGACUCGUCCUCGGACGACCUCGACCUCAACCUGUACUUCUACUCCCCCUCCACGGCCGCGGCCGUGGUCUUCUCCGUGCUGUACGCCACCUUGGCCCUUUGGCACGGAUACAUCAACUUCAUCUCGACCAGGCGCCACGCCGCUGGUGGGCAAAAACACAAAUACACGAUCCCUCUGUUCGUGGCCUGCGUGAUAUCCACGGCAGGUUGGGCCGUGCGCAUCGCCAGCAUCAACAACGUGUCGUCCAUCCCCCUGUACGCCGUGAGCGCGAGCUACAUUGUCAUCUCCCCGAUCUUCGUCUGCGCGACACUCUACCUCCUGCUCACGCGCCUGAUCCGCUGGAGCCUGCCCUCUGGAGGUGAUUUACAGAUCUUCCUCGGUAUCUCGCCACGCUGGAUCGGCCGCAUCUUCAUCACCUCGGACGUCUUCUCCUUUUUGACGCAGUGCUCUGGCUCCGGCAUAGCCAGUUCGGGGAAUUGGGAAGGUAACCUCAAGACGGUGGGCACCAACGUGCUGCUGGUGGGCCUGUGUCUGCAGCUCGCGACGUUUACUGUCUUUUUGGCCGUGCUGUGGAUGUUUGGCCGGCGGGCCGCGAGGACCAAAGAGGCAGGCUUGGAUCCGUCCGUCAGGAAGGUCGUGUUUGGAGUCUGGCUGGCCGGGUUUUUCGUCCAGGUCCGCUCCAUCUACCGGGUCGUCGAGUUCGCCAUGGGCGUGGACGGAUAUCUGUUCAAGCACGAGUGGUGUCUGUAUGUCUUCGAGGCGGUCCCCAUGUUUGUCGCCUUGAGCGUCUUGGCCUUCUAUCACCCUGUGAGAUGGAUGCAGCAGCAGAAGUCAAGCGCCGAGUUUGCCAUGCAAGAUACCUACGCGCACCCCAGCCGGUCGGGCAAGGUCAGUGGGAUGAACAAGGGAGGCGCAGUGGCGUAA